AUUAAAAAAAGUGGGACGAUUGUUGAACCUAAGAGUAAAUUCUUUUCUUGUUUAAACCAUUUAUUAUAUUUAAACAAUGAGUUUUCGAACUUUGAAAUUUGUGAAUUACAUCAAGCAUACCAAAAAUUUUCCUACUCGAGCUUUUUCUUCAAGACAUAGCUUGUGUCCAGAUUUAGUUAGACCUGAUGAUAGACAUUUGGCGAUUAUCGGAAAUAAGUGGAAAUUACAGUCUUCCCCAUUGUUUAUUGGUGAUUUUGAACCAUCAGGUGGAUCAUUUCAAACGAGAUCACUGAUAAGCCGUUGCGAAGAUGCAAGAUUUGCUAUUUGGGGUGGUUCCUUAACAAUGAACAAAAUUCAUCCUCUCCUCAAGCGAAAGAAGUCUCUUAGUUUAAAUCGUUCAGAUGUAUUAUUACUACUUGUUUCUCAGAAAGUCGAAAUUCUAAGGCCAUUUUACGAAGAGCUCUUGUUACAUCAGCCAAUAUAUACAAUGUCAGAGUUUACUAACUGCUCAAAGAAAUCGUUUUCAAUGAAAAACAUACUUUACAAGGAAGAAGGCAAUAUAGAGCUUGGUAGCGUUGAAGUUCUUAUUUUAAUAGCAGAUAAAGUGUCCCGAAGAGUCAUUGAUUUACCCGAAAGUUAUGUGAAAGACUUUGAAGGAUUAGGUUUAAGUUUACAAGAAAAGGGACCACCUCGUGUCCCGCUUCCAGAAGUACCAGCUGAUGCUUUCGAUCAUACGAUUAAAACGCAAUACCGACAUACAGACUUUUAUAGGCAUGUUAACAAUAAAGAAUGUAUAUCGUGGGCAUACGAUGGACUAUAUGAAAGUGGUGUCGACCCUGGUACAUUGAAAGUGAAACAAAUUGAAGUCCAAAACUUAAAAGAGCUUGAUAGUCAUCAAAUAGUAACCCAAAAAGUAUGGAUAAACAAAAAAGAAAACUUAAUAAAUGCGAUUAUUACAUACGAAAACAAGCCAGUCACAUAUACUAAAUUAAUGUAUUACUGA